ACAGCUGAGAACGGACGUGUGUGUGGUGGGUGCCUGAACAACCUGAACAACCUGAACAAACACUUCGGUCGGGUGUCGCAUGGCGUAUACUUAAUGGCGGACUCGGUUUCGGUCGUGUUUUUUCUGGAGUGCUGGCAUUCUGUCAUUCUGGCUAGUCAUUUAGCCAGUUGGUCACUUGGUCAGUCGGCCAGUCAGUCGGCGACUGGCCAUCAAUUGUUACCAAUCCAAUGCAACUCCUGGGCUGCAAACAACAAAAAAGUGUGUGUGUGCGUGGAAAUUCGUGAAAAAAUGCCAAGAAGUCAUUGAGGAAAAAUUAAAAUUUCGAAAAUAAAUCAAGUGUGACAAGAGAGAUUUUGCCAUGAAAAGGGAGAGAGAAAGCAAAAGAAAGCACAAAUACAAAUACCGAAACGUAUAAUCUGAAAUCUAAAUUUCUUGUGACGCGCUUAAAAGUGCAGAAAAUGUGGCCAUCGCAGUCAAUCAAUUGAUUUUUCGGGGAAUCUCUUAGAGUUUGUAUCUCUCUCUCACAGGACAUUAAUAAUGCCAAAGGAGCAUUUCUGGGGCAAAAACUAGAUAAACAACUGGGUAACCGAAAAAAAUUGCCCAACGGAAGCCCGAAUAAGCAGAUCUUCGAAGGGGGUCAUAUGAUUGACAAUGGUAAAACGGGGGUUGCUAGUCGCUAAAUGCUAGUUGGCGUCAGGCGGGAAAAGUCGGAAAAGCCAGACAACAGACGCGGCGUCGCAAUAAUCAUAAAGGCAAUAACAACACGGCCAAAGAAAUCAUAAAUUCAUGUGUCAGCGAUUCGGGCUUCCUAGGGGGUUCGCUUUUAUUGUUUGGGGUUAAAGUCACCCUCACCACCUCCCUCUCCCCUUGAUUAUUCAUUUAUGGCUAGUAAUUAGCCGAGUAGUUGCAGUUGCCUAAAUUAUUUGGCAGCCACAACGCAACUUGGCCAAUUAGCCGCUUAAAAGAUGUAUGCACAAACAAAGACAGGUGGGCCGCUCUUUUCGCUUGACUAAGGUCAAAAGUUGUCUUUCCCUCUCCAUAAAAGCUGGUCCCCCAAAAAUAAAGAACCGAAACAGAAAAAGAAACAAAUAGAAGCCAUCUGAACUUGAUGCUGUCGCUGAGGCUGCCGACGCAUUGCGAGGCUAAGGCGGCUAUUUUUAACAAAAAAGCACGCCCGCACGGCCAAUAAAUUUCACCCAGAAAAUGAAAAGCCAAAGAAAAAGAAAAACAACAAGAAAAAGAAAAAGGAAACAUAUAUGUAGCAGGCAUGCCAGACAUUCAUAUUAAUUAAACUUUGCAAGUGAAAAUCUACUUUGAAAACUUCAAAACUCAUUUCUUUUUGGGGCGGAAUGUAGUUGUCAAAACGCACGCACUAGACAACUCGAAAAAACAAAACCAGCGGGAGAGAGGAAAAUCCCGAAACGAGAGAGCGACUUUUCCUACCAACGGAAGAGAGGCCAAGAGAGAGAGAGUGACUUUUCCAGGAGGUUUGGGCCUUCCAAAAUAACACAUUCCUCGUACAAAGGAUUGGCUUCGCAUUGACAUUGGAAGCUUCUCGGUUUUCCGCUUUUCCUGCUGCUCGAGUUUGAAGUUUCCCCGACGCUUUCAGUUCGUGGCUAGACUUUGGAGCGUGCUGUGCUUGGAAAAACUGUGUGCGUGAGCAGCGGAAAAUCGAAAAAGGCCCUCCCCCCAAAAAAAACCCUCCUCCAAUCCUCUUCUACACCCCAUUUUCCACAGGCCGCGGCCAAAAAUGUGUAAUAAAAUCGAAACAAUGGAACAGCAAACAAAACACAACAGAAAAUAUAAUUCCGAAUUGAAGUUCAUUUGAAUUGUGAGUGCAUAGGGCCGCAAGAAAAGUGUUUUCCCUGGGUGAAAUAAAAGUAAGGCGUGUACCACCCACAUACGUACGAAUUCAAAUACAGUCGGGCGAAAAAAGGAAAAAAAGGCCCGAAAGGCAGACAGAUAGGCUGGCGGAAAAGGAAAAUGAAAAUGAAAAUCCGCACUAGGACUGGCAUUACCAUAAUGCCAACGCGUUGAAAGGAAUACGUUUUCCUUUCGCGUUUAAAAAGAUUGCUUAAAAAGUGUAAAAUAAUAUAAGUUCUCUUUGUUUUCCAGCGCGUGUGUCUGUGAGAAAAAAUAUUUUCCAAAUGCCAGAUAAAUGAAAAUUCCCCUUAAUACAUUGGCAAAUGUAACAUAAAUAUAUUCCUAUGCUCUAACAAAUAAACACAAAAUCAAAAACUUAAUCAACGCUUAAACAAAACCCUUAAAGUAAAAAACCAAGUGAAGUAAAUACUCUUUAGUUGCUAUUGCCCCCACAAAAUGCUGCCAAACCACGCCUGAGCCUCAAUCUCAAACUCAAUCUCAACCUGAAUCUGACUCUGAAUCUGAGUCCGGAACCACGACGACCCAGGGGCCAGGACCAGAACACAUCUGUGAUCAUAGACAUAGCAACGAGAGUGGAGCCGGGAGCAGACCAAAGCCACGGGCACAGCCAAAGAUGAGGGGGUCCGGGGACACAGCCAGCAGCCUGCCAGACCGCAACUGAGCGAUUUAUAGAUCCGCAGAUAAUAAUACCACGGCCGGAAGUCGCAAAUCGGAAUCAAUUGCCCCGGCGGCGAUAGCUAUCGGCAAUUGGCAGAGGUAGAGGAAAAGGAAGAGGAAAGGACACCAGAGCAGCACACUCGCCAACGGAGGCUGUAAUGACGACAAUUGACGCGAUGUAGCGCAGACUUAUGGUCGGCGAACGCGACAGGGACCGUGAGGCGGUACGCUGGGCAACGGGUGAAUCAACACCGCUUCAAACCAAUAAUGGAGUAUUACAAAUGGUCGGGCAAUUGCAAGGUGGACAGGCUGCUGGCCAGCAACAGCAACAGCAACAAGCGACUCAGCAACAGCAACAGCAACUCACGAGGCAGCAGCAGCAAUUGCAACAGCAGCAACACAAACAGCAACAACAGGACAUCCUGUAUCAGCAACAAAACGAGGCAAUUGCAAUUGCACGCGGACUGCAGGCUGCAACACCUGCCGACAUCGGCGAUAAUCAGCCGUACUACGAUACAAGCGGUAAUGUCGAUUGGGAGCGGGCGAUGGGAGCCGGUGGAGCUGGUGCAUAUGGUGGCCUCGGCAUCGGAUCCCUACCAGCAGCUGGCCAUGUUGCUUAUCACCUUGGGCCAGCUAAUGCCCCAGGCCUCGCUGCUCGUCACCUGGACUAUGCUGAUGGCGGCCACCUUGCUGGCCCAUCCGCCGGUGUUUCUGUGGGAAGUGGGGCCGUGUCAAUCACAGGAUCGGGAUCAGGAGGAGCAAUCGGAGCAGGAGGAGCAGCUGGAGCAGCUGGAGCAGCAGGAGCAACCGCAGCAGGCAAAGAAGUUCGCUACGCCCCAUUCCCAGUCGCAUCACCAACGCACUCGAUUCCCACAACCUCCCAGCAGAUCGUUGGCAGCGUCGGUGGCGGGGGCGUCGGUGGUGCCACCAGUAGUCAAUCGAUCUCUGGCGGAGGAGGUGGAGGCGGUGGUGCACCCACCAAUCCCAGCCAGAGCAACACCACUGGCGCCCUGCAGCGGACACAUUCCAGAUCCAUGUCCUCCAUACCUCCGCCCGAGCCGUUCAUGAUAGCCCAGUCGAAGGCGGCCAAUAGCCGCGUGUCCAUCAACGUGGGCGGGGUGAGGCACGAGGUGCUGUGGCGCACGCUGGAGCGAUUGCCACACACGCGGCUCGGGCGGCUGAGGGAGUGCACCACCCACGAGGCCAUCGUGGAGCUGUGCGACGACUACUCGCUGGCGGACAACGAGUACUUCUUCGACCGCCACCCGAAGAGCUUCAGCUCCAUCCUGAACUUCUAUCGCACCGGCAAGCUGCACAUCGUCGACGAGAUGUGCGUGCUGGCGUUUAGUGAUGACCUGGAGUACUGGGGCGUGGACGAGCUGUACCUGGAGUCCUGCUGCCAGCACAAGUACCAUCAGCGCAAGGAGAACGUCCACGAGGAGAUGCGCAAGGAGGCGGAGUCGCUGCGGCAGCGCGACGAGGAGGAGUUCGGCGAAGGUAAAUGCGCCGAGUACCAGAAGUAUCUGUGGGAGCUGCUCGAGAAGCCCAACACCAGCUUCGCCGCCCGGGUUAUCGCAGUGAUAUCCAUACUAUUCAUAGUCCUGUCUACCAUAGCCCUGACGUUGAACACCCUACCACAACUACAACACAUUGACAACGGUACACCACAGGAUAAUCCGCAAUUGGCAAUGGUUGAGGCCGUGUGUAUCACGUGGUUCACUCUAGAGUACAUACUUAGGUUUAGCGCCUCGCCGGACAAGUGGAAGUUCUUUAAGGGCGGCCUUAACAUAAUCGAUCUAUUGGCAAUACUCCCAUACUUUGUUUCGUUAUUUCUAUUGGAAACGAAUAAGAAUGCAACGGACCAGUUCCAGGAUGUGCGUCGGGUGGUGCAGGUCUUUCGCAUCAUGCGCAUCCUGCGAAUCCUUAAGCUGGCCCGUCACUCAACGGGCCUGCAGUCGUUAGGCUUUACGCUGCGUAACUCGUAUAAGGAACUCGGUCUACUAAUGCUGUUCCUGGCCAUGGGCGUUCUCAUAUUUUCUUCGCUGGCAUAUUUUGCCGAAAAGGAUGAAAAGGAUACAAAAUUCGUUUCAAUACCGGAAACAUUUUGGUGGGCGGGUAUUACAAUGACAACUGUUGGCUACGGGGACAUCUAUCCCACAACUGCACUGGGAAAGGUUAUUGGUACUGUGUGUUGCAUAUGCGGUGUUCUGGUAAUCGCUUUGCCUAUUCCCAUCAUCGUUAACAAUUUUGCUGAAUUUUAUAAGAAUCAGAUGCGCCGCGAAAAGGCCCUCAAGCGGCGCGAGGCACUUGAUCGUGCCAAGCGCGAGGGCAGCAUUGUCUCCUUCCAUCAUAUCAAUCUGAAAGAUGCCUUCGCCAAGUCCAUGGAUCUCAUCGAUGUGAUUGUCGACACAGGCAAGCAAACAAAUGUCGUGCAUCCGAAGGGUAAAAGACAAAGCACCCCCAAUAUAGGCAGGCAGACCCUCGAUGUGCAAAGCGCCCCAGGCCACAAUCUCUCGCAAACGGACGGGAACAGCACCGAAGGCGAGUCCACCAGCGGACGCAAUCCGGCCACCACCGGCACCGGCUGCUACAAGAAUUACGACCACGUAGCCAACCUGCGCAACUCCAACCUGCACCACCGUCGCGGUUCCAGCUCUGAGCAGGAUGCAGUGCCGCCCUACAACUUCGACAAUCCCAAUGCCCGCCAGACCUCGAUGAUGGCCAUGGAGAGCUAUCGCCGCGAGCAGCAGGCGUUGCUGUUGCAGCAGCAGCAGCAGCAGCAGAAGCAGCAACAGCAGCAGCAACAGAUGUUGCAGAUGCAACAGAUGCAGCAGAAAGCAGCACCCAAUGGAGGAGCAACCGGAUCGGGAGUGGCCAACAAUCUGGCCAUUGUGGCUGCUUCCAGUGCGGCAACUGCUGUGGCCACAGCCAGCUCCAGUAACACCGCCCCGGGGUCAGAGGUCGCCGAAGGAGGCGGCGGCGACGGCGGCGGCGGGGAGGAGGGCGUGGCCGAUGACGACAACCUUUCGCAGGCAAAGGGACUACCCAUCCAGAUGAUGAUCACGCCCGGGGAAGUGGCCGAGCUGCGACGUCAGGUGGCUCUGGAGAACCUGCAGAACCAGCGAAUGGACAACCUGGAGCAGGACGUGCCCGUGGAAUUCGAGUGCUGUUUCUGCACAACCAAGGACUUCAAGGAGUACACGGAUGCGGAGGGCGUGAUCUCGCUGCCCACCUCGGAUUUCCACAAGCCGAUAUGUCUGGAGAUGCGUUUGGCAGAGGCGAGUCGUCAGGCGGGAGCCUUUGGCCUCCUGUCGCCGCUGCAGCUGCCUCCGCCGCCACUACCUUUACCGCUUCAGGGACCGCUGCUGGCCCUGCCCCCGCCGCCCCCGCUGCCACCCUCCUCCGUCCUGCUGCCCGCCAUCUCGCAGUCCUCGUCCACAUCCUCGUCGUAUGGCACCACCACCUCCACCACCAUUGCCCUGCCCUUGGAUGCGAUGUCGCUGCGGUAUGGAGCCACCAUCUGCAGUUCGUCCAACUUCAACCACAACUACAACAACAACUUCAACACCACCACAGUGGGUGGCAAUGGGGCAAACGGCUCACUGCUCUUCGGUGGCAAUAACUACAAUGGCAGCAACAACAACAAUGCCGAUUUGGCCAGUGUGGACAGUUCGGAUACCUAUGCCAGCUGCCAAACGCAUCCAUUUCUCUCCCAAGGAGAUCUCACGGCGGAUUUCAACGAUGAAGCCUGUGCUUUGGACAUUGAUAUGGAUAAUCUGUACAUAAAUCCUCUGGAAAGGGAACAGCAUCAUCAGGGGAUCAGCAGCUCCACGGGUUUCAUUGUGGGCCUGCCCAGUACAAGUGGACUACGUGCCCAGGUGAAGAAGAGCGCCUCCGGUGACACGGCCUUGAGGAAUUUGGCCUCCGGCGGAGGAGGAGUGGGAGGGGGAGGAGCUGGAGGCAUCAGUCCCCUGGACGAUGUCUACCAGAGCUUCGAUGUCCAGGAGCGGGGCAGCAGGGUCAGCUUGAACGAGAACUCAGUGCCAAAGCAUCGGAAGACGCGGUUCCAGCAGAGCUUCACCGCCAUGCGACCAAGUGGAGCAGGUGCAGGAGCAGGAGUCCUUGGCAGCCUACGGCCUCGGGCUCGCUUCGAGGACACCAAGCUGGACGACGAGACGGGUGCUCGGGCAGCGGAGGCAUCCGCAUCCGGGUCUGGAGCUGGAGCUGGAGCCGGCAGCCCUGCAUCCAGCGGAUUCGGCAGCACCCAGGGACAGGGACCCCAGAAGAAGAAGCGCUCGGUCUUUAUGCCGGGCAAGAGCUUAGCCACUGCCACCAAACUGAUCAACCAGCAUUUGUUUGGCAUACAGAAUGUGGGCGCCAAAGCCAAGUUCGAGAGCAAGCAUUCCUCAUCGAUAGACUCGAUUGACGCCUCGCCCAAUCUGGAGCACCAUCGGCGCUCCAAGUCGAUCCUGAAAAACAAGUCUGAUAUCUCGCGCGUCCUGUCCGAUCCGGAGAGCGAGCGUCUCCUGGCGGACAACAUGUCCGGCUCCGGAGUGUCCGACAACGGCACCGUAAUGGGCGAAUCCGGCAGCGAUUACUCACCGAAUAAAUUACCUCAUUCAGUUUUAGCUAAGUCUAUAUCCCCACCACCCCUCAGGCACCGCACCCUAAUGCACCAGCGCUCAGGACCAGCGACCUUGCAAUCGAAGCCCACGAAGUUCCAGACCCCUCGAUAUCCCGAGGAGCAGGCGCUGCGCCAGGUCAAGCCGCUCCCCUCGCGCGCCCCUUCCUCUACAUCCGCAUCCGCAUCUGCAUCCGCGGCGGCGGCAUCCGCGGAUGGUCAGCAGACCAGGGACAGCAGUCUGGACUCGGAGACGACCUUCACAUCGCCCGUGAGCAGUCGAGCUGGAGAGGAUCAGCCAGCUGCGGGAUCUGUUGUUCCCAGCCAAGUGUCAGGAUCUGUUCCUGGCCAGGAGGAUCGCGAGGAGGAGGGCGAGGCGGAGGCCAAUGACGAGCAGAGGGCCCUGCUCCAAGGACGCGAUGCCGAGGAGGCAAAGAGGUCAGGGAACGAGGGCACGUAGCAAUUAGGCACCACACACAUACAAACCCCCAGAAAAAUGUAAAUGUAACAAGAGAAAACCUACUCCAAGGGAAACCCACACACAAUACACAACACACCACAACACACAAAACAUACAAAAAGGGAAAACUCAAAGUGAUAGCAAAGUUAGCAAACAUGGAAUGUGAAUUAUAUAAAAGCAAUGAACAGUAUCCUAGUCUAGAGAUGGAGUGAUGGAGAUGGAUCCCCGGAAUUCGAUCUGCGUAUUUUUACAAAACGAAAGCAAAAGAAAAAGAGCCGCGCAAGUCGUACAAACAAACAGCUACAAGAAAAUGCAAAACAUAAACUAACUAUAUAAUUCUAAACGUACUAUAAUUGCUACCAGUGUAAAUAGCAGAGCCCAACAAUCCACUCGUGUACAGAGCAACCUUUAUUUACCGCCUUCAGGACACAGCUAAGCAGAACAACAAAAUAAGUAUCUAGACGAAAUCACCAGAAAAGCCUAAAUAGCAACAAAUGAAACGGAAAUAUUCAUAUUUUGAAUGCAACUUAUAAGUAUAUACAAUAUUAUAGAAUAUACACGCAUCGCAAUUGCAACUCGCAUAUUUACACAUAAUAUAUAUAUACAAACUAAGCGAUAUAUAUAAAACUCGAACUAUUUUUCAAAAUCACGCAAAUACGCUAAAUCCUGCAGAUCGAAGGAAGUUGAGAAGGGGGAUGUAUAAGUACGACAAAAUAGAUCCCGAUAAAUUAGAUCCGCAUUGCAUAUAUCUCUUUAUGUAAAUCGUUCGCGUAUCGUUCAAAUUCAUGAAAAUGUCAAGAAAAAGUAGUUGAAAAUCGUUCGGCAACCAGUUCGUUUCUAUAUCUAUAAGUAUAUGUGCGUGUGUGUAGGGCUUAGGGCUUAUCGAUAGAGCUUGGCUUUUGGCUUCAAAUCCCCCGAUAAAAUCUGAUUUGCCACCGGAGAUUGGGUAAAUGCAAUAUUGCUUGGGUGUAUAGUAAAUGUUGUUAUUUAUUAUGGGGCCUGGGGAACAAUGCACUUUGAGACUGUAUUGUUUGAGAUGCUUUCUAAAUCUCUAGAGAUUUUGAAUAUGUCUAGAGAUUUAAAAUUUUAUUUAUCUUUAAAGACUUGAAGUGUCCUUAGAGAUUUUAAACAUCUUUAGGGUUUUUUAAUUUUUUACAGAUUUUUAAUAUUUUUAUAUAUUUUAAAUAUCUUUAAAUAUUUGAAAUAUAUCUAGAGAUUUCAAAUACCUUUAGAAAUUUGAAAUAUCUAUAUAAAUUUGAAAUAUCUCUAGAGAUUUUCAAAGCACAACUACUAAAGUUCUCAUUGUGGUUUGUUAUCCCUACCCAUAUAAUGUUAGUUAGUUAUGGAGCGUGUAUGAGUGUUACGUAUGUUAGUUAGUUCAGUUAGUUAGUUCUACCCUAGGCAAUCGAUGUUUAGUUAACUAGUCCUUCGUUUUCCGAAUACGUAAGCAAUAAAAUUGGUAAUCUUCGAUGGGGGUUUACCCUUAAAAAAAAAAGAAGAGCGUGUUUAGUCAAUUAUUGCAACCCAAGUUGUUUGUCCCCACAUUCCAUUUUCCAGUGUAUGCGUGCGAGUGUGUUUUGGUUUUGGUGUUUCAGUAUAUCCUCAAUGGGUUAUCCCGAUCGAUCUGUCCAACAACUGGCUUUGAAUUUGUCCUUUGUUGCCUCUGCGAUGAGCCAGGAUGCGAGUUAGCCUCUUAGAAACAUAUCAGUAAAGGGAAUCACUCACUCACCCACACACACUCAACACCUCUCACAGAUACACACACACACCCAGCCACACUCACAUACACUGUAAAGAAAACUACACAAAUUUUAUUACGAGACGAUAAUAAAAUGUCUCAUCGUCCGCUUUUCAAAUUGAUAAGAAAAAAUAACACAGGCAUCAACACAAACUCAAAACCAACACAAAUUAAACCAAACCAAAAAAACGACAGCAAAAACACUAUUCGAUAACUAAUGUUAAAGCCAAGAACUCGAAGUAAUAUAGUUAAACAUUUUUAGAAAUAUGUGUACGUAUUAACAAAUGCUUAAGGCAUCCAAAACUUUUGUAAGCAAUUCAUUUAGGAUUAUUUAUAGUACACGGUUUUUUGGUGAGCACCGGCCACAUUCCGCCACUCCAUAAUUUUAAUUGUAACUUUUGUAAAUAUUUAUUUCAUAUACAACAAGCCCCUUCAGAAGAAGCAGUUUCAGUUCUUUUAUUUUUCGAACUCAUUUUACGCCAACAGCAAACGAAUUGAACUUGAAAUAAAACUAACGAGAAAUAUUAAGUAAUUGACGAGCAGAGCAGAGCAGAGCAAAUACACGACUUAAGUGCAACACGUGCAAACGCAAGAUGUUAUUAAUAUUUAAAUUAUUUACCUAACGAUACAUACAUUUUAAUGUAGUCUGAUGACGACGACGAUUGUAAAUCAGCUAAAUUGAAUACCGGAAAUCGUUGGCGAGCAUACAAAUUUAUUAAAGCGUAUUUAAAUCUAUAUGAGCGAAAAGUCAUGAAAAUAUAUAAAUCAUUGAGUAACA